AAACUUUCUUUGGGCUCCGGGCGCGUCGCACCGGCUGCACGAAAGGAGGCGCGCCCCGGCCGCCAGCCGUGUCCUCCGCUGCUUCUAGUGCCCGGCUGUAGCCCGGCACCUGGUCGCCCCGUCGCGCACGGCCCGAGGGCAUGCGGCAGCCGCAGGGGAUCCCGCUCCCGGGCUCGGCGGCGCGGGCAAGUGUGAGCGGAUGUUCAGUUCUUCUCCACAAUGAAUGAGUGUCACUAUGAUAAGCAGAUGGACUUUUUUUAUAAUAAGAGCAACACUGACACUGCCGAUGAAUGGACAGGAACGACGCUUGUGAUUGUUUUGUGUGUUGGAACAUUUUUCUGCCUGUUUAUAUUUUUUUCUAAUUCUCUGGUCAUCGCAGCAGUGAUCAAAAACAGAAAGUUUCAUUUCCCCUUCUACUACCUGUUGGCUAACCUAGCUGCUGCAGAUUUCUUUGCUGGAAUUGCCUAUGUAUACCUGAUGUUUAACACUGGCCCUGUUUCAAAAACUUUGACCGUCAACCGCUGGUUUCUCCGCCAGGGGCUUCUGGACACUAGCUUGACCGCCUCCCUGACCAAUUUGCUGGUUAUUGCCGUGGAGAGGCACAUGUCAAUCAUGAGGAUGCGGGUCCACAGCAACCUGACCAAAAAGAGGGUGAUACUCCUCAUUUUGUUCGUCUGGGCCAUUGCCAUCUUUAUGGGGGCAGUCCCCACACUGGGCUGGAAUUGCCUCUGUGACAUCUCCGCCUGCUCUUCCCUGGCCCCCAUUUACAGCAGGAGUUACCUCAUUUUCUGGACUGUGUCCAACCUCGUGGCCUUCUUCAUCAUGGUUGUGGUGUACCUGCGGAUCUACAUGUAUGUCAAGAGGAAAACCAACGUCUUGUCUCCACAUACAAGUGGGUCCAUCAGCCGCCGGAAGACACCCAUGAAGCUAAUGAAGACGGUGAUGACUGUCUUAGGGGCUUUCGUCGUGUGCUGGACCCCGGGCCUGGUGGUUUUGCUGCUCGACGGCCUGAAUUGCACGCAGUGUAGCCUGCAGCACGUGAAAAGGUGGUUCCUGCUUCUGGCGCUGCUCAACUCCCUCAUGAACCCUGUCAUCUACUCUUACAAGGAUGAGGACAUGUACAACACCAUGAAGAAGAUGAUCUGCUGCUUCUUCCAGGAGAACUCAGAGAGGCGCCCCUCCCGCAUCCUCUCCACAGUCCUCAGCAGGAGUGAAACGGGCAGCCAGUGCAUGGAAGAUAGUUUCAGCCAAAGCACGGUCUGCAACAAGAGUAGUUCCUAAGCCACGGAUGCCCUUUGGCCCACCCCAGCCUCCACUGGGAAAAGAGCUGUUGAGAAUGGUUACUUGUCUCUAACAAAGCCCACGCACAGUGUUAUUUGAGGUCUGAAUUAAUCAUUGCUAGAUUUAAAAAGAAAAAAAGAAUUGUUUUAUAUAGUUUAAAAGCAUGGGCAGUAAAGAGAGGAUGCAAUGCAUUUAGAGAAAAUGCACAGAAAGAGGGAAGGCAGCACAGUGGACUCCUUCCUGGUUGCUGUUCUGUGAACUGCUUGGAGCACCGCCGGCCUGGCCAUGCAUUCAGGGCUCUGCGGCCAUCUUGUAGCCAUUCUCUUUGUGUUUUAAAAGAUGUUGGUAAAGGGCUAAGGCCAAAAUAAAUAAUAAUGUUACUUGAGCCACUUUAUAUAGCUGCUUGGAAAGCCUAUGUAGUUCUUUCUGCAUGCAUUUAACAUUUUAAAAAAUGUUUC